UUCAACACACCAGCAAAUUUAAAAAAAAAUAUGGGAAGAAACAUAGAAGUUGAGGAUGCAGGAGUCCAAAGACAAUCUUGACAAUGUUUUCAAAAAUUGGCCAAGAUACAAGGACCUUAAUGGUUUAGAUUUAAUAAACAUUGAUUUCCAGACCCUCUACCCAAACAAAUCAAAUUUAUUAUUUGAGAAAAUUGAGACAUUUGUAGCAGACGUGUGCAAAAUUUUCCCCUCACUAAUCAAAGACAAACUCAACAUGAACCUCUUCGAUACAUUGAAUAAAUGCUCAAAUUGGUCGUCAGAUACAACACAAUUUCAAAUUUUUAACCUUCUGCAUGCAGUAAUUUUACCACCGCGACUAUCCAAAACUCACAAGCCCACUAUAUCGGAAGCGCAGAAGGACAUGAUGGUGCAUUUAGUAAAUAUUAACAAUUUUAAGCACAUGGAAGAUACAAUCACAGUUUCAGCGUUAGAGGAGAAGUUGUCGGUGCAACCCAAAGUUAUUGUUGUUGGUGAAGACGUGAAUAAUUUAAAAGAAUUUUCCGUUUAUUUAAAUGGCUCUAUAUACAAAGUACAUACGUUACUAGCGGCGCAGUCGUGAAAAUGUGUUUUGUUUUCGAUUUAAAAUAUUCAGCAAAAAGUAAAUAUGUAUGGACGUUCUUGCAGGAAUAUAUUUAUGAAAUUCCAUCAAAAACUAAAGUUUCGA